AUGCAGCGCUUCAGGAAUCCACUUCUCAAGCACGUAAUCCACUGGGGCUGCUUUGAUGCUGCUUCAAAGAGGCAGUGCCUGCAGUAUUUAAGAGCUCUGAGGACACUGUAGCUUAACAGUUUCAACACCUUUUUUUUAGGGGAAACAGAUAUUCCAGAAAGUCUUAUAACAGGAGAAAAAAGAGCCAAGGAGGCCAGCCUCCGUUGGCCAGUAUGGACACUUGUUUACACUGGCAGCAGUCAAGGGUGGGUGCCCUGGAGGUACAAGCCUAUUAGAGGUGAUCUGCCCAUCCAUCAGCAGAACAGUAUCUUUCAAGAGUUGUGUGAUUCUCUGACCACCUCCUGUGUAAAGUGUGUAAUUGUGACUAGGGAUAAAAUGCAGCCAAUGCAUGUGGGGGCAAAAGAUGGCAAGAAGCCAGAGACGGGAACUCUGCCACCAGUCCAACCAACGAUCUACAUGUCUGGCAUUGAGUGUUGCCCUGAAGUUGCUAGAGCAAAUGGCCAUAAGCUUCUUGUUGUGCCUUCGUCUUACAACUAUCUCUAUCCUAUGGAUGUCGCCAGGUCUUCUUUGAAAUGGUUUAUUAUGAACAACAGGAAGAACUUUGCCCUGAGGUCUAUUGAGAGGACCCACUCCUAUAGGUGUAUCCUCUUCAGUGACUUGAUUGUUAAAGGAAUAGAGAUGAUGACCCCAAACAAAUGGAAGGCAGCGAUAAGAGUGAAGACAUGGGAAAACUACCACCUUGACACACUUUCUUAA